AUGCAGGAUCUGUGGAUCCUGAAAUGCGAGUGGGACACAGUGUUGCCUGUGGAAAUUCGAUUACGUUGGCAGGAGUACUGUGACUCGCUGGUGGACUUGCCGAUGAUCUCGAUUAGCCGUUGGCUAGGACAUUCUCCAGAGGUUUCGUGUCAGAUUCACGGAUUUGCUGACGCCUCUACGAGGGCGUAUGCAGCAGUAGUGUACCUUAGGUUGGAUAACGGAAAGGAACAGCCACGUGUUUGCCUGUUGGCAGCGAAGACGAAGGUGGCGCCUGUCAAGACCAUUAGCAUACCGAAGUUGGAGUUGUCUGGUGCUUCGCUUCUUGUCAAGCUCAUCUGUCAUUUGCGGACCGCGAAGUUUCUCGCGGACGUACCUGUCUACGCGUGGUCUGACAGCCAAAUAGUUUUGGCGUGGUUGCGCAAGCAUCCAUCUUGUUGGAAGACGUUCACGGCGAAUAGAGUCUCUUAUAUUCAGACGGAGUUACCGUCAGCAUCUUGGUCGCAUGUUUCCACGAAAGAGAAUCCGGCUGACCUGGCGACCCGGGGCUCCCUGCCAUCCGCCUUGGCGUCUAAUGCGCUCUGGUGGCAUGGACCGUCGUGGUUGACUCGGUCGUCGGAUCGCUGGCCUCUGCCGUCGGAGAUUGCGAGUGUUUUGCAUGUUCAUGCCCAGGUGAAGGAGCCUGAGAUUUUAGGUAGAUUUUCCUCAUUCACCAGGCUGGUGCGAGUGAUAGCGUAUUGUAGACGUCCGCUAGUUAUAGUGCGUCGUAAGAAGGGGGGUGCAGAUCCUCUGCCUCCGUUCCUCUCCACGGAGGAACUCUCGGAGGCUCGCUUAGUAGUAUUUCGCUUGGCUCAAUCUGUAGCCUUCGAAUCAGAGAUAGAAGCUUUACAACGGGGUGAGCGCCUGCGUAAGCGCAAUCCACUCAACAAGUUGAGUCCAUUUCUUUGCAAGGAUGGUCUGUUGCGGGUAGGGGGUCGGCUUUCGCAUUCCGAGCUCCCGGCGCAACGCAAGAAUCCUCCUAUCUUGCCUCACAAGUCGGCGUUGAGCUUGUUGCUUACCCAGCACGCUCACCGGACUUGCCUACAUGGUGGUCCUACGCUUACAGCCAGCCUGCUGAUGCAGCAGGCUUGGAUUCUUGGUAGGAGUCGAUUGGUCAAAUCAGUUGUGUACAAAUGCGUCGUUUGUCAACGAGUCAAACCCAGAACGGCUCAACAGCUAAUGGGUGAUCUUCCUGCUUCCAGGGUGACGCCAGCUAGACCGUUUUCCGUGGCCGGUCUCGACUAUGCCGGCCCAUUCCAGAUACGCGCCGCGAAGGGACGCGGGCAGAAAGCGUAUAAGGGGUAUAUAGCGCUGUUCGUGUGCUUCGUCACACGCGCUAUCCAUCUUGAGUUGGUGGGUGACCUCAGCACUGCUUCCUUCAUAGCAGCGUUCAGGCGAUUCGUGGCUCCGCGUGGAGUGUGUCGCGCGCUCUACAGUGACAACGCGACUAACUUCCGAGGAGCGGAUACGGAAUUAAGGCGAAUGUUUGAGAGGAUGUCGGAAUUCUAUAAGGAAACUGCUUCGCUUCUAGCUCACGAGGGCACGGAAUGGACAUUCAUUCCGCCGAAUGCACCUCACUACGGGGGGCUGUGGGAAGCUGGAGUUCGAUCCACUAAACAUCAUCUUCGAAGGGUGAUAGGGGAGCAUACGCUCACCUACGAGGAAUUUUCCACAUGGUUGGCCCAAGUGGAAGCUUGUUUGAAUUCCCGUCCCCUCAGUCAGCUGAGCGAGGACGUGGACGAUUUGCGUGCGCUUACUCCGAUGCAUUUCUUGAUCGGAGAAGCACCAGCGUUGCUUCCGGACGACGGUCCAUUAGAAGGACCGGACAAUCGCCUGGAUAGGUUUCAACUGCUGCAACGACUGUUGCACAGUUUCUGGGAUCGCUGGUCGAGCGAGUAUCUCCAGCAUCUACAAGAGAGGGGCAAAUGGAGAACUCCGGAGGAAAACAUGAAGGUAGGGCAGUUGGUUCUCGUGAAGGACGGUCGGUACCCCCCGGCCAAGUGGCCGUUGGGUCGUGUCAGGGAGGUCCAUCCGGGACCGGAUGACUUAGUUAGAGUGGUCACGGUGAAAACAGCCACCUCCACCUUCCGGCGACAUGUAGCCGGACUCAGCCCGCUGACAAUCGGGGAAGGGCCGGGUGUGAUUUGCCGCGAAGUAGCGAAUGAUCGAGAU